CGAUAUCCACCGAUUAGUGGGCAAGUCACCUGCCAUCUCAUUGGAUCUCCAGUUUAUCUCUGGCGGGGGAGCUCCAACAACAACUACUUUACCUGCAUCUAUGCUGCAAGAAGAAUCCCUGAACGCUCGUUAGUAUCCUAUAUUUUUAUAUAAAGUCCCCUCCCUCGCCUCGCUACCCUUCUCUUCUCUUCUCUUCUUCUUUCUUUUCUCUCUAUAUUAAUGCCCCUGUGUCCCUCUCCACUCUUAACCCGCCUGUGCCUGCGUGGUCCUCCUCUCGUCAAGCUCCCUUCAUCCUCCUCUGUUCCUCGUCGACUCUUUCACAGCUCCCCAAUCAUCAUGUCGGACGUCACAGUACAGUUGACGGCCCCCAAUGGGCGUAAGUACUCUCAGCCCAUUGGUCUUUUCAUCAACAACGAGUUUGUUCCGUCCAAAUCGGGCGAGAAGUUUGCCACCAUCAACCCUGCAGAUGAGAAAGAGAUUACUUCCGUGUAUGCUGCAGGCGAGGAAGAUAUUGACAUCGCCGUCAAGGCUGCCCGCAAGGCAUUCAGGGAUCCAUCAUGGAAGCUACUUCCACCAACGGAUCGGGGUGCUUUGAUGUUGAAGCUGGCAGAUCUUAUUGAACAGCACAAGGAAACCCUUGCCACCAUUGAAACAUGGGACAACGGCAAGCCUUACUCUGUCUCCUUGAGUUCGGACUUGGGUGAGGUCAUCAACACCCUUCGUUAUUAUGCUGGCUGGGCCGACAAGGUUCAUGGCCAAACCAUUAGCACCACGCCGGCCAAGCUGGCCUACACUCUUCGCCAGCCAAUUGGUGUAGUGGGCCAGAUCAUCCCAUGGAACUUUCCCCUUGCUAUGGCUGCAUGGAAACUUGGCCCUGCACUGGCUUGCGGUAAUACCAUUGUCAUGAAGCCAGCCGAGCAGACACCCCUCAGUAUCCUCUACCUCGCCACGCUCAUCAAGGAAGCCGGAUUCCCCCCUGGAGUGAUCAACAUCGUCAACGGCCUCGGAAGAGUUGCCGGCAGCGCCCUGGUGACCCACUCUGAUGUCGAUAAGGUUGCCUUUACUGGCUCCACCUUGACCGGCCGAGAGGUCAUGAAGUUGGCCGCCGGUACCUUGAAAAACAUCACUCUUGAAACCGGCGGCAAAUCUCCUCUAGUUGUAUUUGGCGACGCAGAUAUUGAGCAGGCUGCUAAAUGGGCGCAUACGGGCAUCAUGUACAACCAAGGACAGGUCUGCACGGCAACUUCACGUAUCCUGGUCCACGAAUCGGUCUAUGACCAGUUCAUCGAGCUUUUCAAGCAGGAAGUGGCCUCGGUCAGCAAAGUUGGUGAUCCCUUCGCCGAUGACACCUUCCAGGGCCCUCAGGUCACCAAGGCGCAGUACGACCGAGUCCUUUCGUACAUUGAGACCGGCAAAUCCGAAGGAGCAACUCUCGUCGCUGGCGGCGAGCCAUACAAGAACGUCGGCGACGGCAAGGGUUUCUUCAUCGCACCAACCAUCUUCACGAACGUCAAGGACAACAUGCGUAUCUAUCGCGAGGAGGUCUUCGGCCCGUUCGUUGUGAUUUCCAGCUUCACCGCAGAGGACGAGGCCGUGACUCGCGCCAACGACACGACAUACGGACUGGGUGCAGCCAUUUUCACCAAAGAUAUUGAGCGGGCGCACCGCGUGGCCUCUGAGAUCGAAGCGGGCAUGGUCUGGAUUAACAGCAGCAACGACAGCGACUUCCGCGUUCCCUUCGGCGGCAUUAAGCAGAGCGGUAUCGGCCGUGAGCUCGGUGAGGCCGGAUUGGAGGCAUACUCGCAGGUGAAGGCCAUUCACGUCAACCUCGGGUCCAAGCUGUAAUGCAAUGCAUGGCAAGCUCAUUGAUGAUGUGUAAUGUUUGUAUAUAGGAUAGUCAGAUGCCAGUUGGGUCGAGAAUUACAAAGAUAGGAAGCUUAUCCAGCAAGCAACCAUGCAGGUAAUCCACCAACGAGAGACAACAUACCAGUAAAACACACCCUGCACAUAAUACUCAAAACCAAGGAACCAACCCAGAGUACGUGGUAUACCCACAUUGGACCCAACAAAAACCACAACCACAACCACCUACAUCAAAUCUAAACCCUACCCGACAAACUCUCCUCUCACUCGCCAUACAAUAGGUACA